CGUGGUAGAGGCAACAUCGCGGCCGGACGCUCGCUCGGUGUGGUUAUUCGCGCGCGACGACGACGACGUAGACGACGUCGUCGUCUCACAGUUUUGUUACACGCAGCGGCUGACGCGACGGUCAAAAAUUCGGGGCGAAACGAAAACGCGACGAACCGCGGCAUUCGCGCGAACUUUCGGCCGCGGGUGUGUAGAUAUAUAGCUGGGUGUAGCAGCAGAGCGCGUACGUUUCUCUCUUCGCUGCACGUCCUCUCUCUCCUCUUCCGCGUUCCUUCCCCGACGCAGACGUCGAACGACCGCAUAGGCAAGGAACCCUCGACCGGCGACGAUUUCUGCGAAAACGCCAAAAUACUCCAAAUCGAUUCUAAAGCAAGGAGAUAUCUCAUUGUCAGUCGGGACCUUGGCGGAUACCUCUCAUCGGUCGUCUUCUGCGGUGCGCCCCAGGGAGCGAUGCGGCGUUCGAUGACGUGAUCGACCUCUCGGUCAGCUACGCGCCGUGACCUCUUUCGAGUGGCUGGCCAUUCACUUGGUUCUUCACGACCGAACAUUCAAGUUGAAGAGCGGAAAAAAACUCGAAGAGAAUAAAAUCUCGAAAGAUAGAAGCGAAUUAAAAGGCACUAAAAAUAAUACCUUACGAAACAUCGACUUGUUGAUGUCCAAAAUUAGAGAGGAUGUGCGUGAGAACGUGGAGAACAUGAAGAGAUUUUUGCAACGCCGAAUCGUACAUUCGAAAAGAAUCAUUCGGCCGAAUGCUUCACUGACAUCCGGAAAAGAAGGCAUGGGGGAAGAAAUUUUCAAGGCAUGAUAGACGUAAGAAUAGCGAAACGCUGAUGACAGGAAGAAUCGGACGACGUCGCGCGAAACAUUCUGGAGGUGUCGUCGAAAAACGAGCGCACGCUUCUUCCGUAAAUACUCCGAAAAUAUUUAUCGGACUAUGAAAGUCGUCGGACGAGAAUCGAAAUGCGAUCUUGGUGAAGGCUCGUCAAGCGGAAGAAUCAGGAAGAGCAGCCCGAGAGUCAGCCAGUUCGUCGGAGAAAAGACCAUGACAGGUUUUCGCUCUUGAAGCGAACGCGCAGUCGGCGCGGGUGGACAAGGUCGCGUUGGAUGUCCUCGUGGCGUGGAUAUCCGAGAAUCCGGAAGGUCGUCCGCGAUCGUCCCCGUAGUAACCAGACGCGACGGAUAUCUCUGCUCGUGGUCGCGUUCGCUACGCUAUCAUCGUCUCGUCGCUCUUCUCGUCUCCGCCGCGGCCACAUGACUUGACGAUCGCCUCCUUCUCUUCCCGCUGCUGCUCCUGCCCAUUAAUCGAAGGCGGCGGCGGCGGUGGCGGCGACGACAACGACGAAGACGACGUCGUCGACGUCGACGUGGACGAUAGCGCGAUUAGAAGUCAACGGCUGACAACGCAACAACGGCGGUUCUUAAAAACGAGUGACACGCACUGCCGGCGAUUCAGUCAGUCGCCGGCAGUCGGUCCGCAAGUGCGAGACGUAUAUACGCGAGUGUGUAUGUGUGUAUGUGUGUAUAUGUGCGUGAUCGCGUCUUCUUUCCGGAUCGCGGAGAUCUUUCAGCUAGAGACAGGAUCGAAGACGGAAUCGAAGAUAUAGGAUAAGGGCGCGCACAUUGAUCCUUCCCUGUAAAUUCUUCUCGACUUCCGUUUCGGAGUAACCGCCGUGGUGCACGUCCUGACGAUCGGUAGUGUUAUUUGUGGUGGUGGCGAAGUGUUAGCACCGUGUCGCUACCCCGGCAAACGGUGGCGACGGUGGCGGUGGUGUUGGCGGUGGAUAUAUAUAUAGUGAAUGAUAGCGGCGGCCCACGAAAGCGGCGAAACUGGAGCAGCCGGUGGCGAUCAUCGGUGCAGCGGAGGUGCUAUCAUGUGCACGCAGCGGAUUCUCGGACUGGCGGUCGUGGCCCUGUUGACUCUCGGCGGUCCAGCACGCGCGUACACCAACCAGUGGGCCGCACACAUCGACGGAGGAGAAGAGGUGGCCAGGCGGGUCGCCGAGGACUACGACUUUCGCUAUUUGGGCAAGAUAAAUGAUGAUUGGUUCCACAUGGAGCAUCGAUCCGUGGCGAAGAGAUCGACGGAGCCGCAUUUCGAAGUGCAUCAGAGGCUAACGAAAGACUACAGAGUACGUCGUGCGGAGCAGCAGCGGGCAAAAUCGCGUACCAAGAGAGAUCUUAUAAUCAAACGUCCGUCCAAUAUAUUAACCAUGCUAAAUGACGAAAGGUGGCCUCAAAUGUGGUAUCUGAAUAGGGGAAAGGGAUUGGAUAUGAACGUGCAGGGUGCUUGGGCCGACGGAAUUACUGGGAAUGGCGUCGUGGUCACAAUUCUCGACGACGGAUUAGAGAAAGAUCAUCCAGAUCUUUAUAAAAAUUAUGAUCCACAAGCGAGUUAUGACGUCAACAGUCACGACGAGGACCCAAUGCCAAGGUACGACAUGGUAGAUAGCAAUCGACACGGCACCAGAUGUGCCGGAGAGGUCGCAGCCACUGCCAACAAUUCUCUUUGUGCCGUAGGUGUUGCUUUCGGAGCUGGCGUGGGUGGUGUUCGAAUGUUAGACGGCGAUGUGACAGAUGCCGUUGAAGCAAGAUCCUUGAGUCUAAAUCCCCAACACAUCGAUAUUUAUAGUGCGUCAUGGGGACCGGAUGACGACGGCAAAACUGUGGAUGGUCCCGGUGAACUUGCCACUAGAGCUUUCAUCGAGGGAAUUACUAAAGGUCGCAACGGUAAGGGCUCAAUCUUUGUCUGGGCGUCCGGAAACGGUGGUCGAGAUUUCGACAAUUGCAACUGUGACGGCUACACCAACAGCAUUUGGACUCUGUCCAUCAGCAGCGCGACCGAGAACGGCCUUGUGCCCUGGUACAGCGAGGCGUGCUCGUCCACUCUCGCUACCACUUACAGCUCGGGCGCUAACGGCGAGAAGCAGGUCGUCACUACGGAUUUGCAUCAUCACUGUACAAGCAGCCACACGGGCACGUCCGCGUCGGCGCCUUUGGCCGCUGGUAUUUGCGCCCUCGCCCUAGAGGCGAACAGAGCACUCACCUGGAGGGACAUGCAGCACAUCGUGGUCAGAACUGCCAAACCUGCGAACCUGCAGGCACCUGAUUGGGUCGUGAACGGUGUCGGUAGAAACGUGAGCCAUAGCUUCGGUUACGGGUUGAUGGACGCCACUGCCAUGGUACGCUUAGCAAGAAGAUGGAGAACCGUUCCGGAGCAACACAAAUGUGAAGUAUCGGCGCCACACACAGGCAGGACAAUACCGCCAAAGAGCCAAUUGGUACUCGACUUACAUGUCAAGGAGUGCAGCGGCGUUAAUUUUCUCGAGCAUGUUCAGGCGAAGGUAUCGCUGAUGGCAACGAGACGAGGGGAUCUUCAGAUACAGCUAACAUCUCCUCAGGGUACGAAGAGCACUCUUCUCGCCAAGAGACCGCACGACAUUUCGAAGGCCGGCUUCAGCCAAUGGCCAUUCAUGUCAGUGCACACAUGGGGAGAGAGACCGCACGGUACCUGGAAAUUAGAAAUUCACAAUGAGGGUCGAUAUCUCGGACGCGCUACUCUGCACGAAUGGGCGCUGAUCUUCUACGGCACUGCGACGCUGCCCGAUCGGACGGAAUACGCUCUUUACAAUCCGGCAGGCAUGAACAUGCCCAGACGGCCGUUGGUGAAGCCGCGCGAGACCUUCUCGAAGAACCAGAACGCCUUGACGAAGGGCAAGCAGACGCAGCACAAGUCUGAUAAAUCCGGCAGUCUGAGUCCGCCUUACGUGGUGAACGCGCAGAUUCAGUCUCAGAGGAAGGGCAAAGCUCGCGGCCAGCAUAAGAAUGGCAAGUCGGCCAAUCGACCGAAUCCCAAACCCACCGCGCCGACCUUGCGAGGCCUCACCGGGCUAAACAGAGGGCCUAAUAACGUGGUCGGGGACAUGCGCUUGAUCACCUCGAGACCGCGUGGCAGAAGUACACCGAGUCCGAUUACCAGCACGGUGACCCAAGCCAUCGCGACGACGAAGACGCAGACCACGACGACGAACAGGCACAAGAGCGUCGAUCUGGUGACCACCUCGCCUCUCGAAAGGGGACUGAUCUUGUUGGAACCGCCGGCGAAAGCGGCCACGAACAAGGUCCCGGCGGUAUUUCAGCAGUAUCCUAAGAUUCAGCAGCUGUAUCCAGUUUAUGGCGGAGCUCGCGGUAUCUGUCAGCAACAUGCUACCAGGGCUAAAGGACUCGAUCUGCUGCAGGACGAGCAGUUCGAUUCGAGGAAUCUGCAGCUGGACAAGGACACACUGGAGGAGUGGAAGCUGGUGUUCUUCGGCACGGAAACGUCGGUGGAGAUAGACGACGAGCUGGACAAGGACAAGCCGUUGCCGCCGGUGGUACACCAGGACGUGAGUCAGAGCAACGCGGCCUCGGACAACGUUCGGCACAACGCCGUGGAUGCCGAGGGCGAUCCGUGGACGGGCAGCCAGCAGGUGAACCGGGUCUCCCAUCCGGAGGUGCAGAAGCCUACAACGGAAAACCAGACGAGUGGCUGCGCCGCCCUCGAGAGCGAUGGCACCAGGUGCCUAGUGUGCAAACCGGGUUGGUACCACAGCGAUGGCAGCUGUUUACGACAGUGUCCGUCCGGGACUUACGUGGUCUGGGAUAACAACAAAUCUGGUGUAUUCUGCAUUGCGUGCCAUUAUUCGUGCCUGUCAUGCAAAGGGCCCAGCGACGCUGACUGCGUUAGUUGCCAUUUGGAUUCGGUAUUUACGUGGAGCAACGGAAGAACAUUAUGUGCACUGAGCGGCCUUACCUGGAAGAUGCAGUCCACGGAAUGGUUCUAUAGGAUGACCAUAGUGUUCCUGAUCAUCUUGGGCUUCAUGAUUGUCAGCAUCAUUUACCUCUUAGUCGUCUGGUACAUCCGUAGACGCAAAUCGAAACAUAAAUACAGCAAAGUGUCUUAUUCUGACAAUGGCGAGAUUCAUACGGACACAGAGCGAUUACAGAGUGAAAACACUUGUGUCUCUGACAGUGAAUAAAUCUGUCAUUAAUUAAUGGAAAACAUUUUUGGAAGAAAGCUACAAUAUAUAUGUCAGAAAAUAUUUUGAAGAUAUUAUAGAAAUGUAUCAAGAAUCUUAUAAAAUAAUUUUUUUGUUUGAAAAUAUUUAUGUGUAUUAUGAAAGAAAAUAGUUUUACAUUUAAAAUGGAGAGAACAGAUUUUGGAAAUAUUCUUGUCAUAUUUUGGAAGUAUAAUUGAAAAUAUGUAUAUGUAUAUAUAUUUUACAAAUUUUUAAAAAUACCAUCUACUACUAAAAUAUUUCAGGAAUAUUUUGAAGAUAUUUUCUAUAAUAUGCUUUGAAAAGACGUCUGAUAAUUUCGUAAGACUGUCAAAACAUGAGUUCUAGAAAAUAUAUAGCUAAAAUAAGGUCACUUCCAUAUAGUAAAAUAUGGAGUUUUAAUUCGAUUUUAUAAUUCAACUAAAAUUCUACAACGAUAAAAGAAAUAUUUAAAAAAUUUUUCGCAAAAGAAUUAAAUACUAUUAUAUUUGUAUUUUCCAUAAUUGUAUGCACCAAUUCAGACUCAACUUAUCGUCAAGUUUGGAAGCUAUAUUACACUUUUGCAAGUAUAGGAAUGCUCUUUUGUAGUAACACUUUGUGAGAUGUCAGGAACGUAAAGCGUUAAUGGUGCCGAUAGUUUCCUUUGAAGCAAUCGCUUCGUUGCCAGUAUUGUAGUCAAUAGUUUGUGAUGGUGGACCGUUUAUCGAUCGCUAUUUGACUAACACGAAGUAAUGUCCCUUGAAGCCAGUGAGUGAUUUUAUGCGAUCUAGUAAGAGAGUCUUAAAUACCUGUGCAGACAUCUAUUGUAUGAUUAA